GGGCUGGCGCAGAGACUUGGAGCCGGGAGGCGGCGGCGCCGAACUCGGAGCAGCCAGGUUUUUGCAAUUCCUAAGUUUUUGGCCUUUUCCGAGUAAGUAAUAUGGAGAUGGAGAAAAUGAACACGGAUAUGUCUGGUGAGGAGGAAGAGAAGGAAAAAAAUGAAAGAAACUCUAGAGUUUGUACUAGCUGUGACAAGAUCCAUGAGUCCAUUUCCAAAUGGAUGCUUCCCGAAAAUGCCAGAAGAACCUACCUGGAAAGAGCAAACUGUAUCCCUCCUCCUCUCUUCAUCAUUUCCAUUAGUAUAGCUGAGCUGGCUGUAUUCAUUUAUUAUGCUGUUUGGAAGCCCCAGAAACAGUGGAUCACGCUGGAUACAGGUGUCUGGGAAUGGGAACUCUUUCUGCAACUUAUUUGGGAUCCCCUUAGAAAUGGUUAUAAAGGGCAUCGGGUAGUCUGGUGUAUCUCGCCAGGAGUGAUUGGAGGUUCCUUGGCUAGCUCAGUCUGUGAUCCCCUCCAGGCUCUCGUAGGGGCUUCAGGAGGAGUCUAUGCUCUCAUUGGAGGAUACUUUAUGAAUGUUUUAGUGGUAAGGAAACAAUCAGAAACGCACUGAAAAAAAACCAACAGAUUCUUUGUGGAUCUUUAUUCACUUUUGGAUCAAUCUUAUUUGUGUAAAUAAAAUGUUCAGUUUUUUUCAGCAAAGAGGAAUAAUUAAGGAAAAUGCAACUCCCACAUACAUAUAUGCUGAACAAACUGUGUCUGUCCUUGAGAAAUCCAAAGCUUCAUAGAUGCUUUUUGUGCUAUUAAAAGAGGAAAAAGUGAAUUUAGCAGUUGACAUCAUUUUUCAGCCAAAGUGACAUUACGCUAUAGAAAUUGCCGGUUGUGAUCCCAUGUAGUGCAGUAUUCUGUCUCAGCUAGAGGCCAAAAUCAGAUGAUUUAGAAGUACAAGAAACCCCAUAGUGAACAAUUAUGGAAUAAGCUGCAAACAAACAAAAAAACAAAAACAAAAAACCCCCUAAACUCUAGGGCUUCAGUUAGAACUUGACUGAUGCCCUGAAGCAUGAGGGUUUGUAUAUCCCUUUAAAAAAUAAUUUUAGCUAUAUAUUCAUGUAAAUAUCUAAUUGUAUUAAUCUCAUUUUGGGUGCAGUAGUUCAGCUUAACAGGAACUUUAAACCUUUAUUUUAUAAAUCUUCUAUGUCUAUCUCCCACACAAACCAAAAAGCAAUACAAACCCCAGCUUAAUCAAACUUAUAGUCUAACAUAAAAUCUUGGUGACCUCAGCAUUGUUUAGCCCGAAUAACUUCCCAAAUGCUUGGAAUGUGUGACAAUCAGAUGUUCUGGUCUCUCAGUAUAAUCAAUGUAAAAGCACAUGAGGUCUCUGUUAAGGUUUGGCAUUGGAAUGCAAGUUUUAUGAAGCUGGGGUACAUACUGAUUUUUUUGCUGCCUAUGGGAGAUGGAAGUGAAAACUGUAUGGAGUGUCAGGGAGCAUUAUCACUAAUGUUGUAGGGAAAACAAAGGUGGAAAGGAGUGCAAAGGUCUCUCCCAGUAAUUUGUUAUUUUCUUUCUUUUAAGAUUUCAGAUGAAGUGUCCUGCUACAUAACCUUAACUGCAACUAAACAUAUUUUUGUUUGCUAAUUAAGAUCUUGGCUUCAGUGAUCUCUAGUGUCAGAGAAGCUGACUGUAUAUAGGGUGGCUUUUUAAAAAAUGAUUUAGUUUAAUCAGUCACCAAAAGUGGGUCCUAGUCUUUUAAUGCUAAGCAUUGCUAAACAUUAGUUCAUGGAAACAUCAGUUCUUCAGCAAAUCUUCUCUUAAGAAGUUCAGUCAGCAGUCAAACCUUUCUUUUCUGUGUGAUCACAGGCAGUAUGAAUUAUAAAUGAUACAUUAAAGAGUUCACAUCACCAG